CUUUCUUCCUCGUUUCCACUUGCACAUUUUAGCCGUAGGUGUCUCUCCAAAAACCCUAGCAGACUCCACCACCGCACACAAGCACGAUGAAGUACAAUCCUAGGGUUUCGUCUUCCCGGCGCAAGAACCGGAAGGCUCACUUUACAGCCCCAUCAUCCGUUCGUCGGAUCCUGAUGAGUGCACCUCUUUCUACUGACCUCCGCCAGAAAUACAACGUGCGAUCUAUGCCCGUACGCAAGGACGACGAGGUUCAGGUGGUUCGUGGAACCUACAAGGGCCGGGAAGGUAAGGUGGUUCAGGUUUACCGACGCAAAUGGGUCAUUCACAUUGAGCGCAUUACCAGGGAGAAGGUUAACGGCUCUACCGUCAACGUUGGAAUCAACCCUUCCAAGGUUGUCAUCACCAAGCUCCGUCUCGACAAGGACAGGAAGUCUCUGCUUGACCGCAAGGCUAAGGGUAGGGCCGCCGCUGAUAAGGAUAAGGGCACCAAGUUCACAGCUGAGGAUAUCAUGCAGAGCGUUGAUUGAUUUGAAAUCUUGAGCGGUGAAGUUUGUUUUGUCAUUUCUAAAUAUUCAAUGAUAGGAUGCUUUAUGUGUUAAGAGCUUUUUUGAUAUUAUUGUUAGUGGUAUGUUUUGGAUCUAAGGAUAUUAAGGCUUUUACUUCAUGUGAACUCGGAUUUUGUCAAUCGUUAAUCUUAUAUUUUGCAUUUCCUGCUAAUAA